CCCAAGUCCAUCACCCGCUCUGGGGGGACCCAAACACCUCUGCCAGCAAUCAAUUCGCUUUCCACAUACCUCCCUUGUAUCCUGCCAUUUUCUCUUUCACUUCCUGCCCCCCCCUCCUCCUUUCUGCUACCCGUCGUUCCAGUCCGCGAGCAUCUGUCACCCCGAGUUGCAGCUGUCAUCCGUCGUCAUCGCGAGCCUCUGCUGGUGGGCAUCGCCAUGUCUUCGAACCCGCCGCCCGUCUCGAUUUCCUCCAAAGCAGUUGCACCUUCCGGCCAGCUCUCUCCUGCGCAGACCCAGGCAGGCCCCAUCGCGACUGGCGACAAUUACGGGCAACGGCGAAGUGGGGGCAGCAGUUUCGGAGCGGGGGCGACCUCUCGCGCAUCACCAACGCCACGGAACACCCAGCACUCAAAGAAGCAGCACAAGGGCUCAAAGCGCUUCCGCCAGGCGGAUGACGAUGCAAUCGCAGAGUCUCUCGCCAUGCGUUCGUUCAACAGCAGGAAGGGGCAAACGUCCAUCACCCACCUCAUGAACUUCAGUCUCCCUCCACGUCCCCAGAACUACCAUCCCCACCACUCGCACGGAUAUGGAAGGAACUACCGGCGGAAUCCGGCCUGGGGUCUGGGGUCCGGCUAUCAUGCCGGUGACAAGGCAAGAUACGUUCAUGCCAACUAUCGAUUCAUCGUGGAUCCCCGUGGCGACUACCGCGCUCAGAGCGCUGACGCCGAUAUUCAUCUGGACUGGAAUACUGUCCUGCAAAUAUUGGUGUCUUCUCAGUCGCAGGAUUCCUCAUGCCCUAUCUGCCUAGGAACGCCGGUAGCUCCGAGGAUGGCAAAGUGCGGCCACAUAUUCUGUCUACCAUGUCUCAUCCGCUAUAUGCACUCAGAAGAGGACGGGAAAUUGCCAGAGAAGAAGGCCCGCUCGAAGAAAUGCCCCCUCUGUUGGGAUCUUAUCUACAUUUCGGAGACUAGGCCGGUGCGUUGGUAUACUGGCCAAGAAGGGCCACCUCCCCGAGAAGGCGGCGACGUAGUCCUUCGCCUAGUCAUGAGGUCAGCUGGAAGUACGCUGGCGCUGCCCCGAGAUGGGGCUGAUGCCCUUGAUAAAGAUGAGGAUAUUCCAUGGCACUAUGCCGCUGAAGUUAUGGAUUACGCUCGAGUUAUCCGAGGAGGGGAGGACUACAUGAUCGAUCAAUUCGACACCGAGAUUCAGGAGCUGGAGAGACAAGAGAAGGAAGAUGAACUCAUGUUUGGAGAAGACAAUGUAGAGUGGGUUCGGAAGGCUGUUCGGGCAAUUCACGAUGCUAAAGAGAAAGUCCAAGGCAUCGGCAAUCCGCCCGAGAUGCCAACCAAGCCUGCCGAACCGAAGCCGAAGAAGGCUCCAAUCGUUUUCCAUGAGGACGCCGAGCACACCCCAGAGAUGUACCUGGUCCAGAACGCCUUGAAAUCUGGCCAGAGCGUCUCAUCGAAGCCUCCCAUCCUGGCUCUAGAGGCAGACGAGACUGCUGCACCUGGCUCGUCAGAAACUCCAAAUGGAGUGAACCCAAGCUCCAGAAAACUCUCUAUCACUUCGCAGUCCUUAAGGGCAAACCAGGGAGCCAUUGGGUCGACUCUCGUGGAGAUACGCAACCGGCAACAAUUCGAUCAUCACCACACCCCAUCCGAAUACUUCUUCUAUCAGGCGCUAUUGCACUACUAUCUUUCACCACUAGACAUUCGCAUUUUGAAGGCCUCAUUUGGGACAUUCGCCUCGUUCCCUUCAACCAUCCUGCCUCGUGUCGAGCGCGUGUCUACUGGCCAUAUCAUCGACGACGACCUACGAAAGAGAACCAAAUAUCUCGCACAUCUUCCAUAUGGCUGCGAGGUUAAUUUCUUGGAAUGCGACUGGACAGAUACUGUUGCACCCGAGAUCUUGGAGCGCUUCAAGCCGGAAAUUGAAAAGAGGCGGAAACGAAAUCUAGAUAAAGAGACGAGAGAGGAAAAGGCCCGCAUGCGUGCUGAAAAAGAGGAGAGUGCGCAGUGGGCAUCAUCGCGGAGGAAGAGACCCAGCGUCUCGGAUAAAUUUACAGCGGAUGACUUCCAACCCCUUGCAUCAAGUAGCGUUCCAGAGAACACAAUGUCAGCGGAAGGCGAGAGUGGGGCAGAGACUACAUCAACAUCACCUCCUUGGCCUGCACGUCGCGGUCAAGGCUUUGCGUCUCUUGCGUCGCCAUCUACCAGCCCGUCCGCACCCCGCACAGUCUGGGGCACCGCAGCGAUCGCUCCAUCCACAUCCCCUAUCAUUACGCCGCAUGAGCACGACGUUCCAGAUGAUGGGUGGCUACAAGGUUGGGAGAAGGAUUUACUACAGGAAGAAGACAUGAUAGAGCAAGUGCAGGCAAUGUCGCUGGGGGAGGGCGAGGCAUCUAAGAAACCAGUCGGAGGGAAGAAAAAGAAAGCGAAGAAGAUUACAUUGAUGAGCACAAAUGUUAGGAGGGCAGCAUGACACUAGGACUCACAUUCGUGAACGGUGACUUCAGCAUACUACAUGAAUGACAUAUUUGUUGGCUGCUAUUUG